AUGCAAGACCUUGGUAUCUUGGAAAUGAUCUUUGGUUAUAUAACGGGACAAGAUUUUAUUUGUAUGAUGGAGGAUUAUUGUGAUGUAUAUCGUCAAUUUUCUCGUGGUUUAACAUCCUAUUAUGAGAAUUGGACCAAACGUAUUCAACAUCAAAAUACUUUAUGUUCAUAUAAUACGACAAAACGUGCUCAAUUAAAUACCAUAAAAAUAGCAAAAGAACUAGCUACCAUCGAAGAUCGACGUAUUCAAAAUAUUCAACAAGUUAUUAAUAAAUAUAAACAAAUUGUUAAUGAUACAUAUAUUUCAUCACGUAUUGGACUACAUCAACAUCGCCGUACAAAAGAAUUUAAAAAACAAUUUAAAGAAGCUUAUCAAAUAUUAAAUGAAUGUAAAACAAAAUUAGAUGAUUUUAAAAAUGAGUUGAAAAAAGCUCAAGAUGAAUUAAGAAAAGCAGAUAGUGCAUGUGAAAUUGUAUUUAGUAAUUUUCAAACCACUGAUAAAGUACGAACACGUGCAACUGAAACACAAACAAAACGACGUGAUAAUGUUAAAAAAAUCAAUGAUCAAAUAUCGUUAUUUGAAGAUAAACAUCAGCAAGCAAAAAAAACAUAUCGUCAUAAAGCAAAAGCCAUAUUUUAUGAAUGUCAAAAAGAAGAAGAACAUCGUCUUGAUCUUAUCAAGGAUACAUUAUCCGAUUUUUGUCAAGCAAUUAAAAUUGACGAACAAGCCGAUUUAGAUAAAAUAUAUACCAAUUUAGCUCAUCAUAUACAAACAAAACAAAAUUCAUUUGAUGAUCUCAUGUUUUGGGCACAAUGUUAUGGAGUUAUUGAUCAAAUUAAUACACAUGAUGAUUUGAGUACGUCAAUUACAAAAACAUCAACAAUUAAAAAACAGUUGACCAUUGUCGAAGAACCAUCAAUUAUUGGCAGUCCAAUAAUGACAAAAAAAUCAGAUAAAAAAGUACAAGAGCAGAUAUAUCCAGCAAUACCAAAUGAUAUAGAAGAAGAAGAAACAACUAAAACAAAAAUAACAAAGAAAAAUAAUAAAUCAGUUAAUUCAAAACAAAAAACAGCAGAAACAACAGAGAGUAAUACAGCUAAUAUUCUUGCAUCAGUAUAA